AUUUGCUUUCCGGCUUCUCCAUUGAAGGGCACCAGUUCACUUGAAGCAUAGUGUGCUCGAUUGCGUACAGAAAUCAUGGGUGGACAUGACGCUGGAACUCACCACCAAUUCACUGGCAUCGCCAAGUACUUCAAUGCAUACACCAUUACAGGCAGGAGGAAUUGUGUACUGGCCACAUACGCCAGCAUUGCUACCAUUAUCCUCUUCUUUAAGUUGAAGCCCAAGAAGCAAAAGGCUGUAACAUCAAGUUAAUUUACAGAUGUAUUUGUGAAUACUGUGUAUGCGGAGGGGUGCUGGAAGCUGGAUGUCCUUAUUUUGACCUCAUCACUUCAGUUCAACUAUGUAAAAAAAUAAAAGACUACUUGUACCACAUAGUGUUGUAUAC